AUGCCCCAGGGCAGCGCGGGGGGCUUUGCGGGGAGCAGCGCCUCCCCUCCUCUCCCACCAGUGUCUGUCACCCUCCGGCUGCUCCAAAUCGACGUCUUCCACAACGCCAGCUCCACGGACAUGCAGGGGAUGGCUCUGCUCGGUGAUCUGGAGACCCACUCCAUGAACUGCAGCACCUGCGAGAUCCACUUCCUGCAGCCCUGGGCCCAGCAGGGCCUGACCCCGAAGCAGUGGCAGGACCUGGAGCUGCUGAUCCAUCGCUACCUGUUCAACUUCAACCGGACUGUGAACAGAAUAGCCCAGCAGCAGGGAAAGGGCUACCCCUUUGUUACCCAGGUGUCCCUCGGCUGCGAGCUGCCCCCCAAUGGCUCCUCGAGGGGAUUCUAUGACGCCGCGGUGAACGGGGAGGACUUCAUCAGCUUCGACAUGGACGGAGGCAAAUGGGUCGCUCGGCAGGAGGACAAUGUGGCUGCGCUCUACACCCGGGACCUUCUCAACCAGGAUAAGGGCACAAGAAGCACGAUUCAGUUUCUCCUGAGUACGACGUGUGUCAGUGAGCUCAAGAGCUUUGUCCAGCAUGGGAACGAGUCUCUGGAGAGGCAAG